AUGCUUGGCAAUUUUGGAAGAAAACUUGCUUCUAGCUUAGUGUUCAAGCGCACUCUCGCAACAAACAAAUCUGCAACUUUCUCCAGCACGUCACUGUUGGAUAGGGCUACGCUUACUCUCAAAAACGGACCCGUGUUCAAUGGUUACUCGUUUGGCGCCAAUAAAAACAUAAGUGGUGAAGCUGUCUUCACCACCUCUUUGGUCGGUUACCCAGAAUCAAUGACUGAUCCAUCUUACAAAGGUCAGAUCUUGUGCUUCACGCAACCCUUGAUCGGAAACUAUGGGGUUCCUUCUUCUACUGCAAAGGAUGAGUACAACCUUUUGAAACAUCUUGAAUCCUCUCUGGUUCAAUGUAUCGGUAUCGUUGUGGCUGAUGUUGCCAUGCAGUACUCACACUGGACAGCUGUCGAGUCUCUUCAGCAAUGGUGCCAGAGAUCUGGGGUCGCCGCAAUCACUGGUGUUGACACUAGACAAUUAGUUACCUACUUAAGAGACAAAGGCUCGUCUUUGGCCAAAAUCACCAUCGGAGAGGAAUAUGACGCUGACGAAGAUGCUGCUUUUGAGGAUCCAGGAGCUGUCAACUUGGUGAGUAAGGUCACCACAAAAGCCCCAUUCCACGUUUCAUGCCCCGACAAAUACGACAAGGGCUAUCACGUAGCCGUGCUUGACUGUGGUGCCAAAGAGAAUAUUUUGAGAUGUCUCGUGCAAAGAGGUGCAUCUUUAACCGUUUUCCCAUACGACUAUCCUAUUCUGGAAAUCGCAAACAAAUUCGAUGGAAUCUUCAUUUCAAAUGGACCCGGAGACCCAACGCACUGCUCGUCUACCAUUCUGCACCUCAAGACUGUGAUGGAAAAGCAUGAGGACUUGCCUAUUUUUGGAAUUUGUUUGGGUCAUCAGUUGUUGGCGUUGGCUUCUGGUGCAAAGACUGUCAAAUUGAAGUACGGUAACAGAGCUCACAACAUCCCUGCAUUGGAUUUGCUUUCUGGCAAAUGCCAUAUUACUUCCCAAAACCAUGGUUACGCUGUCGAUGCUUCAACCUUGCCAUCGGACUGGCUUCCUUACUUCACUAAUUUAAAUGACUUGUCGAAUGAGGGAAUGCAACACAAGUCCAAACCAAUUUUUUCCACACAAUUUCACCCCGAGGCCAAGGGCGGACCUUUGGACACAAGCUUUUUGUUUGACAAAUUCUUCACCAACAUUGAACACUACAGAUCUAACAAUGAAUUGAACUUGGGCAAUAUCAAGCAAUCUUUGCUUGUUGACAUUUUACCAAAGGAAAGAGUGGUAUAA